GAUAAUGUAAAUAAGCAGAAAGUCCAAUCCGUGAAAUCCACGAGAGCAGAGAGCUAGACGGAGCAGCAGAAGAAGAAAUGGACCAACAGACGCAGCAACAACAGCAGUGGACGAUGAGUGCACAGCCUCAACCCCAUCAACCAUCAACAUGGACUGCUGCUUCUCAACCCUAUCACCAACCCACAUCCGUCGAAGAAAUCAGAACUCUCUGGAUUGGAGAUUUACAGUAUUGGAUCGAUGAGAGUUACCUCCACAACUGCUUCGCUCACACUGGAGAGGUCCUUUCCAUUAAAAUCAUACGUAACAAGAUCACUGGUCAACCUGAAGGAUAUGGGUUUAUAGAGUUUGUUACCCAUGCUGCAGCUGAACGGGUUCUGCAAACAUUCAAUGGGACACAAAUGCCUGGGACAGAACAGACUUUUAGAUUGAAUUGGGCUUCUUUUGGCAUUGGAGAAAGGCGCACUGAUGCUGGACCUGAGCAUUCCAUUUUUGUGGGAGAUUUAGCACCGGAUGUCACAGAUUAUUUGUUGCAAGAGACCUUUCGCGCUCAAUAUCCAUCAGUAAGAGGUGCCAAGGUUGUUACUGAUCCGAAUACUGGCCGCUCAAAGGGUUAUGGAUUUGUUAAAUUCUCUGAUGAGACAGAAAGAAACCGUGCUAUGACUGAAAUGAAUGGGGUAUAUUGUUCAACCAGGCCAAUGCGAAUCAGUGCAGCUACACCCAAGAAGACCACUGGUUUUCAGCAGCAAUAUCCAGCAGCUAAAGCCGUAUACCCAGCACCAGUCUACACCACACCAGCUCAGCAGGUGUUCCCAUCAGCAGACAGUGACAUAAAUAACACUACUAUAUUUGUUGGUGGUUUGGAUCCUAAUGUCACAGAGGAGGAGUUAAGGCAAAUAUUUGCUCAGUUUGGGGAACUUGUGUAUGUUAAGAUUCCAUUGGGUAAAGGAUGUGGUUUUGUCCAAUUCGGUACUCGGGCAUCUGCUGAAGAAGCAAUACAAAGGUUGCACGGAACUAUGAUUGGUCAACAAAUAGUUCGCCUUUCAUGGGGUAGAAGCCCAACAACUAAACAGGACCCAUCUGGCAUCUGGGGUCAGCAAAUGGACCCCAGUCAAUGGAGCAGCGCUUAUUAUGGGUACGGACAGGGUUAUGAUGCCUAUGCUUAUGGUGCUGCUCAAGAUCCAUCUUUAUAUAACUAUGGUGGUGCAUAUGCUGGAUAUGGACAGUACCCACAACAGGCUGAUGGUGUUCAAGAAUUGGCAGCUAUGGCAGGUGCUGCCCCUGCUGUGGAUCAGAGGGAGGAGCCCUAUGAUCCUUUGGCUACACCAGACGUUGAUAAGUUAAAUGCCUCUUACCUUGCAAUUCAUGGAAGAGCCAUGGUGGGCCGGCCCUUUUGGUUGAGAACUUCAGAACUUCCACAGCAAGCUUAACGUUUUCCUUUCAGUGCUUCACUGAUGUUGAGGGGCAAAUCUGGUGUGUGAGAGGUAGGUUGUAGCUUUAUAACAACGCUGAUCUAAUGGCAGGGAGGAGCAAAUGUUCCAGUUCCAUAUAUCAUACAAGCUGCAAUGAAGCUUUGGAAUCUAAUUUUGCCUUCUAAGGUCUGAACAUUUGCGAAGGGUAGAGAAUCUGAUUCGUUUGGAGCCAAUUCUUCUAUAUGAACUAGAUGUCUUGUUUGACAGUUACUCACAUUCAACACAAUGUAUCCUACCUUAAUCGAUUGAAGCAUUUGCAUGCAUACCCAUAGUGAAGAAAUACUGCGUUUUGCCCCCAUUUUAUGUUGGGGCCAUUUUCAAAUUGAACUAUGUACACAAAGGCUGCUUUUGGUUUCCCCUUGGAAUCAGAUGAUUUGAUUUUGGAGUCUA